GUCAGCAGACGUCGUGCGGGGAUUGGAAUGCUACAAUGUAACAAUCGCAACUGGACGCUCCAGAUUAAAGCGCUGCUGGAAUGUUACGUUGUAUCGUCGCCGUCGAUACAACGCCGUUCGAAUGUAAGAAGGAAUAGAAAGCCGUGUCGGUUUGUAAUGUUUGUACGAGAGCUUCCAAAGCAGCAACUGCACCAUAACAAAGACAACCAACGUUUGGAUGAUUUAUCGGAGAGAAAUAUGUGAGAAUUCAUGGAUUGGUGGGGAUUUAUCCGCUUAGGAAGUUUCGGACAGGGUCUUUCUGACUCACAUGCACCUCGUGAGAUCCAUCACCGGGAGAUGUUUGUGAUUUCUCCAUGCUGGAUUUCAAGAAUUCUUCUCUGAAAUAACUUUCUGAUGGUUUCCAUUUAUUCCGAACAAUCCCGAUGGCCAGCAGGGUUCAGGUGUCAUCUGUCAGGAGUUUAGAUGCUGUCUAAUGUGAACCAGGCACCGGAGAGCAGAGAGGUAGAUCCAUAAAAAGGGUUUCAGGUUAAGUCGCCCACAUGCUCUGGAUUUGGGAUUGGAAUCACAAGGUGGAAGUUGAGAGCAUCAAAUCCCUGCAGGUCUGUGGAAGAUGCUGUCCAGCAGGAGUUGAGACCUUUGCAUUCAUCAGCAACCAGCUCCAUCUGGAUCUAAGGACACAUGCAGGCCAAAAAACGCUAUUUAAUUCUGUUCUCUGCAGGUGUGAGCCUCAUUCUCCUCUUUUACCUUCAGGGACCAGCUUCCAGAAGGAGUCCAAACCGAGGGGAUGACCCCCAUCCACACUGGCCCCACUUCUCAGACCCCUUACAAGCUUUUAUUCCGUGGGAUCAGACUGAAACGGAGGACUACAAUGACCGUGCUUCUCCGAGACACAAAAGAGAUGACAAUUCUGGAGCUUCCAAGUGCAGAAUGGACUCCUGCUUUGAUUUCUCUUUGUGCAGGAGGAACGGCUUCAAAGUCUACAUCUAUCCUCAACAGAAAGGUGAGAAGAUCUCAGAAAGCUACCAAAACAUCUUGUCCUCCAUCGAGGGCUCCAGAUUCUACACGUCUGACCCGGGACAGGCUUGUCUCUUUGUUUUGAACCUCGACACUCUGGACCGAGACCAGCUGUCUCCUCAGUACGUCCACAACCUCAAAACUAAGAUCCAGAACCUGAACCUGUGGAAUAACGGAAAGAACCACCUGAUCUUUAACCUGUAUUCGGGCACAUGGCCGGAUUACACAGAGGAUCUGGGGUUUGAUACCGGACAAGCCAUGCUGGCCAAAGCCAGCAUCAGCACAGAGAACUUCAGACCCAAUUUUGACAUCUCCAUCCCCUUGUUCUCUAAAGAUCACCCCCGGACUGGAGGAGAAAAGGGGUAUUUAAAAUACAACACCAUCCCUCCCUUUAGGAAAUAUGUGCUGGUUUUUAAAGGCAAACGCUAUCUGACUGGAAUUGGAUCUGAUACCAGGAAUGCGCUUCAUCACGUCCAUAAUGCUGAAGACGUGGUUCUCCUCACCACAUGCAAACAUGGCAAAGACUGGCAGAAGCAUAAAGAUGCUCGUUGUGACAAGGACAAUGCUGAAUAUGAGAGGUACGACUAUAAAGAAAUGCUGCAUAACUCCACUUUUUGUCUCGUGCCUCGAGGACGCCGUCUGGGCUCUUUCCGUUUCUUGGAGGCUCUGCAGGCCGCUUGUGUUCCCGUCAUGCUCAGUAACGGCUGGGAGCUUCCCUUCUCAGAGAUCAUCGACUGGAGCAUGGCCUCUGUCAUUGGGGAUGAGAGACUUCUUCUACAGAUUCCAUCGACGGUUCGCUCCAUCCAUCAAGACCACAUUCUGUCUCUCCGCCAGCAGACGCAGUUCUUAUGGGAAGCGUAUUUCUCUUCUGUGGAGAAAAUUGUGCUCACUACAUUGGAGAUCAUCCAGGACCGUGUGUUGCAACACAACGCCCGCAGCACAUUGAUGUGGAAUCGGUUGCCAGGUGGACUUUUCACUCUGCCCCAAUACUCACCCUACCUGGGCGACUUCCCUUUCUUCUAUUCUGUACUCGGUGUUAAACCACAGCAGAAGUUCACAGCCGUCAUUCACGCCGUCACGCCUCUUGUAUCUCAAUCUCAACCCAUUUUCAAGUUGCUCGUGGCUGUGGCCAAAUCCCAGUACUGUGCCCAGAUCAUUGUCCUGUGGAACUGUGACAAGCCUCUCCCAGCGAAACACCGCUGGCCCGCCACCUCUGUUCCAGUCAUCGUAAUCGAGGGCGAGAGCAAGGUGAUGAGUAGCCGAUUUCUGCCCUAUGAAAACAUCAAAACUGAUGCAGUCUUAAGUCUGGAUGAAGACACUGUGCUCUCGACUACAGAGGUGGAUUUUGCCUUUACAGUUUGGCAAAGUUUCCCAGAGAGGAUUGUGGGAUACCCUGCACGGAGCCAUUUCUGGGACUCCAACAAGGAGCGCUGGGGCUACACCUCCAAGUGGACCAAUGACUACUCCAUGGUGCUGACUGGAGCUGCUUUCUACCACAGGUAUUAUAACUACUUGUAUACACACUACCUGCCCAGCAGCUUGAAGAGUAUGGUUGACCAGCUCUCGAACUGUGAAGACAUCCUCAUGAACUUCCUGGUGUCUGCUGUCACUAAGAUGCCUCCUAUCAAGGUCACCCAAAAGAAGCAGUACAAGGAGACAAUGAUGGGACAGACGUCCCGGGCAUCACGUUGGGCAGAUCCUGACCACUUUGCCCAGCGGCAGACGUGCAUGAACAAAUUUGCCAGCUGGUUUGGCACCAUGCCCCUGGUCCAUUCGCAGAUGAGACUGGAUCCUGUUCUGUUUAAAGACCAGGUAUCAAUACUGCGCAAGAAGUACAGGGACAUCGAGAGACUCUGACGAAGCUGAGAAACCUUUCCUUCUGAACGGGGAUAGAAAACGGCAUCCGAAAACCCCCCAGAACCCUGAGAAACCAGAUCAACAGGGAUAAAAACGGGGGCAUGGAAACAUUCAGGGAGGAAGCGCAUCGAGAUUGGGGGACGAUGAAGAUCCAUCUGUUAGAGAUUGUCACUAUUAAUAUAUGACAGCAAGAGGUUUGAUUCGAGACCACGUUGACGUUAUUUGGCAGAGUUUAGCGCAACACAAAGACAAGCCAAUAUUGGCAGCUUUCUGUCUUCCAAACCCCCUCUUGAAAUGCUUUGCCAAUGACAAUGGUGACAUGGCAACUUUGCCAAAGCCAGGCAGCCACACACACAUGCACAUGCAGUCAGAAUAUAGACUACUAUCCAUCGGUUUCACUUCUGGAUCAGUCCUCUUCAUGUUAGAUGUGCAAUACUCCUGGCUGGAAGGCUCGCCCGCGAUCCAGCAGUGCAUGUUUAUUCAGUUUGCCUUCUGCAAGCGUUACGUCACUCUCGAAGACUUAGGACGACGUCCCGCAGAGAAGUCGAGCGUGUGAAACACCGCGCACAACGUCACAGUGCCUGAGCUUUCAGAUGGACCAUAUCUGGGAGCCCAAAGGGGUUUUGUAUGAAUGCAAAAACACCUUGUUCAUGCUGCUUAUAUUUGGAUUCAAAUGUAGGUGUUCCACAAACUUGCCCAAAGGUUUCCUUUUCCUUUUUUUCUAUACAAGCCUUUUGGUGUGUUUUGUCAAACUGACAUAAUUUUUGAUGAUUUAGAUCCAAUGCCACAAUUAUCUCGUUCCUUGUUAGGUUUUCUUACAAGUCUUACAACAUGCCAUAUCAGAAGUUCACACUGCAGCUAAUUCA